GAAAGUGUAUGAACACUCAUAACAGUGCUGUCAGUAGCUAGCAAGCAGCUAGUUAGGUAGACAUGUAGAGGGCAUAAGUGGUAUUAUAACGCUUUGAUUUGUACGUAUAUAAAACGUGCAUUUGACAUGGCUCUCAAAGCUUGCAGAAAGUUUUCGGGAGUGAUUCCCCGACUCUUGUUUAAAAGAAAUGGCCCUCCUUUCCCCUGUGCCUCGAAAGGAAUGCCAUCAGACAUGCCAGAGACUCAAACCCGCUGUGCUUAUGUCCUGUGGACCAAAAGAGCGUACUUGUUGCGUAGUUUCAGCUCGUCGUCUUCGCCCUCUGAAACCAAUGUGUCCUACGACCAACUGAAGCAAAUCCUUGCCUCUCAGUCUAGUGUAGUCAUAGAUGUGCGCGAACCAUGGGAGUUGAGAGAGUACGGACACAUGCCGGGGUCAAUCAACGUCCCUUUGGGCCAGGUGUGUGUUGCCCUGCAGCUGGACCCCGAGGAGUUCAGGGAGAGGUUUGGAGGAGACAUGCCCCAGCAGACGGACCACAUCAUCUUCUCCUGCCUGGCAGGAAUCAGGAGCAUGAAGGCCCUGGACACAGCAGUCUCUCUGGGAUACACAGACGUUCGGCAUUACCCUGGUGGCUGGCAGGAAUGGGCGGAGCUUGAGCAGCUGAACUAAUCAUGUUUUAAGUGUGCCAUAAUAAGGACUUAAAGAAGUGUAUAAAUGGUUUAAGUAUUACUUUAUAAACUUUAUAUAAACAGCUUAUAAAGUCAGUGUCAAUCUUUAAUCGAUGAAACUCAGUAGUCCCAGGACUUUAAAUAUGCGUGUCAUUUUAAGUUUAUACCUGCGGUGUAAAUGGUUAACCCUUUGCAUACCCAUUUCCUUAUGUGUUAUUGCUUUUAUUGAAUCAAUCACAAGUUUGUAGGCAUUACUUUGGUUGAGUCAUUGGACCUUUUGGAGAGGCUUUUCAGAGUACAAACUGUCAUUUGUUUUGACCUUUGAACUGGAGUUUGGAAUAUCAGCCUCUUCCUGUGGUGUUCAUUCCAGACUAUGCAAAAAUAAAUUCAACUGUGAUGGGAUUAGACCCAAACUAAAGGCACAAUUUGAUUUAUGUUU